CCUGCUGAACAACAACAAAAACAACCGGGAGCAUGUGGGUGUCAUCAGUGACGUGUCACCUGUCUCACCCACUUUAAUAGCCUACUUCACCGGACUCAUUACGCAUGAGUGCUCGAGGAGGGUGCGUAAUGUUUAAUGUAGUGCACCAGGGUCGGAAAUACGUCCCCACGCGCUCGUCGGUCACGGAUGACUCCACACUCUCCGUGCAAGCUGUUCAUAUCAUCAGAUCUCCCGGUACUCUGAGGGACCCACCGGAGGCGACGUGGCCGCCACCGGGAGCCAAGAUGCGGAUCUCCAAAGCCAACAAGGGCGGGCUGGUGGUGAGAGCUGUCCGGCGGCAUCCUUCUCCACAGCCGGCCAGCCUGGAGAGCCUGGAGGCGGCGUGGAGCGAGAGAGGACAGCCCGAGGCGAAGACACCACAGAGUUCACCGAGUCACGAGAGAAGGAACACGGAGGAAGGAGGAGCCGGAAACGGGAUGGAAGGGGGACCACCGAGGAACAGGAAGAAAGGCUUCAGACCCCCUGAUGUGAGGACUAUCUUCUCCCCUGAAGAGAGGGACCCAAGGGUGAAGGAGGAGUCCGGGGAGGGACACAGCUUUGAGCCGAGUGGAGGGAGCACCUGGUGUGAUGUUUGCUGCUACUACAUCUUCCAGCAUGGGCUCACCUGUGCAGGUUGUAAGUACACGUGUCACGCUGCGUGUCGGGACCGGGUGUCAUUAGAUUGUCAUCCUGCAGCGUCGCCUGUCAGUCAGGACCAGAUCAACAACAACACACCGCCUCAUGAUGUUGAGAAGGAGAGAGAGCUGCGGACGGAGCUCAGCAGAGAGGAGAUCAGGCAGAGGAUCGAGCUGUACAACUCGGUGACCAAAGACCACCUCAAAAUGACACUCAAUCCCACUGGCGUAUACACGGGUUUUAUCAAAGUCCAGAUGGAUCUGCGGCGGCCCGUGACGGUGCGAGGAGGUCAGAGAGGAGAGGAGGCUUUCUAUCUGCCCAGAGGAGUCAGUAACACCCUCCACAUCAGCUCCAGUAACACAGUCAAACAGGUCAUUGUCGCCCUGCUGAAUAAGUUCACAGUCGCAGACAACCCGGCUAAAUAUGCCCUCUACAAACGCUACCACAGGGAGGAGCAGGUGUACGUGUGCAAGCUGGCGGAUGGCGAGCAGCCGCUGUUUCUUCGUCUUGUGGCGGGACCAGACACGGACACACUCAGUUUCGUACUGAGAGAACAACAGACCGGAGAAGUCAUGUGGGAUGCCUUUUCCAUCCCCGAGCUUCGUAACUUCCUGAGGAUCCUCGACAAAGAGGAAGAUGAGCAGCGGGAGGCGGUGAUUCGCCGCUACGAGGCCUACCGCCAGAGACUGCAGGAGGCGCUGAGGGAGGCCAGAGGGCCCUCUUAGAGAAAUUAACCUCCUUUAAACAGGACUGCUGCCCCCUAGAGGGACGGAGGAGGCAUUUUUUUAAGUUUAAAUUCUGAUCAAGAGGAAGGAAUAAGAAGAGAGGAUCCAGCACCUGGAAGAAGGGAUGAAACAGACAGAAAGAGGGAUGAUGUGAAGAUGAUUUAAAGACUGAAGAAGGACAGAAAAGUGAAAGAAGGGAUGAACGGACAGUUUAAAUGGAGUUUAACGCAGCCUGGAUUAAAGACUUCAAACCUGCAGUCUGCCUGCUCACACCAAAGAUUCACUGAGUGCCAUAAUCAUGCAUCCUCUCUUCUCUCUGUCCAUCCCUCUUUUCUUCUUCUUCUCUCACUCUGUCCUGCUGUCACAUAAUUUAUGCAGACUCCCCCUUGUUUCCUUCUUACCCUUUAAACUUGUGAAAGACUCACAGCCAUAUGUUGAGUUUUAUUUAAUUUGUUUGUUUUAAAAGUCUGUACAUAUUUUUUCUUAAUUUAUAUGGGUGAAGCUUUUUUUUCUUUAAACAAAAAGUCUUAUUUGGUUUAUUCUGCCGAGGCAGAGCUCCAAUCUAGUUGUUGACACAGAUGCUGAGAAUAGUUUAUCCAGACGUAAAUACCCAGAAACUCGACUUGAGUUGGAUCUGAAAUCAUCUCUGAGGCUGCAGCUACACGACAGUCAAACUGUAACAUUUAGAAGAUAAUAAGGACGGAAAGACGUGAUGCUCAUGGUUGCAGUUUGUUUGAAUUAGCCUGGGAGUUAAGAAAAAUCAAUGAAGUUUAAAAGGAACAAGUAGACUGCAUGCAUGUACAGAGUCCCAAGUUUGCCAAAAAGAAAACAAGAGGGUUGUGCUUUAAUUUUAAUUUUUCAAAUAUGUUUUAUUAUUACAUACUUUUUUGUUUGUUUCAAGGCAUAAAAAGUUGCUUUAUUUACAUAUUUUUUUAUUUUUUCAUUUUAUUUAUCCUUUUUUAUUUUUUUUUACAAAAUAUAGAUUACAUUAUUAAUGACAGUGAUAGAAAUUUCAGUACUUUAUUUGAAUAUGAUUUGAAUAACAAAACUGCUCCAAAACUAUAAAAUAUUAUUUUGAAAUAAAAAUCCAAAUUUUUAUUAAUUUUUUCCAAAAAACAUUCGCUCUCCAAAAUAUCAAAUAUUUACAUUUUGUAGGUAGAAACAUUAGAUAAUUAAGAAAAUAAUAAACAAAAACUGCAAAAAUAUGCCAGCAAGUUGCUAUAAAUUUUAAACCCCACAUUGGUAAUUGCUUAUUAAAUACUUUCUCACUCCAAAACAACAAAAAGUUGAAUUUAGUAGGAAGAAAGUUAAAUAAUUUAAAAUAAUAAUUUAAAAUUACAAAAAAAAACAAAAUGCAAGGAAAUGAUUAGACAUCAAGAAAGCCUAACAUGACAAAUACGAUUAGUUUAUCAAAAAUUUUCUUACCCCAAAACACCAAAAAUUAGAAUUUUGUAAGUAGAAAAAAUUGGAUAAUUUAGACAUAAUAAAUAAAAAAAUACAAAUAAUUUGCAAGCUGGUUGUUACUAAAUUGAGAAAACCUCCCUUGACAAAUGCAACUACUAUAUUAAUCCUAUCUUUUAUUAUUUUAUCUAUACAAUUUCUCCCACAAAAAUACCAAGAAUUCUAAUUUAGUAACUUGAAACAUGGGAUCAUUAAAAAAAACAGUCAAUAAAAAUUACAACAAUUUUCAAGCAGAGUUUCAUAAAAAUUAAGAAAAUCUCCUUUGGCAUAUACAACUACUUAAAAAUGAAUAAGAAAAAAAAUAAAAAUGAAAAAAAAUUGACUUUUUCUAAACUUCUAUUACAUUACAUGCGGAUAAAUAAAUGAUAUUCAUAAUUUUUCCUUUAUGAACUCAUGAACUCUUUUUUUAUUUGGCAUACUUGAACCUCCGUACAAUGUGGCUGAAAAUGAAUGCUGUAUGUAAAUGAAGGUGUAGGCAAGUAAAACGAGGUGAAUUCAGGUUAAAUGUGACUUAAACAAGCACACCUGAACGCGUGUAAUCACGGAGGACAGUUUCUACUCAAAGAUAGAAGUUUGUUAGAGAUUGAAGGAAGUUUGUGUUGUUUUAAAGUUUUAUAGAAAGUAGUACAAGUGAGUAUGAUAACGAUGAACUGGUUGGAUUUAAAGCUUUUGUUUGCCGUUUUACUCCACCAGCAGAGUUUGACCGAGCAUGGAGUGUCGUAGUUUAGACAAAGAGGAGGUCAGAGGGGAGUGAAGUGACUGGUUUCUGGAAGUUGAAGAGCAGUUUAGAGGAAGUAGACGAGAAACUCUAGACAGAGGAAGGAAAAAACAGAGAUAGUUGUGUUCUUUUAAAUGGCCUGAGGAGAGGAGAAGAUGAGAAAGAUAGUCGUGAACGCAGUCUGAUCAAAAACUUGAGGACAAUGACGGGAUUUUCCUCAAACCACAAGUGGUUAUGAUUGACUGCAUGUCUGCUGUUUGCUUUUAUUAAAGCUCCUGUAAUCCACAGCUGAGAGAAAAGGAGGUCUGUGAGUGCUGAUAGCCACAGAGAACAGAGGGAGGGGAAAAUGGCUGCAUUGUGUAGCUCUCCUGUCCGUCUGUCUGCAGCCAUUCAUUUUUUGUGCUCUAAUCUCAAGCAGAAACAUGCAGCCUUGACCUCCUUAUCAACCUGAGUUUUUUCUUUUGUGGUGGAUUAAAUCGAAAAAUAUUACAGACACAAAAGAAAGGAAGCAAGGUGGAUGCACACAUUGAAACUGAAAAAAGAUGUGCAUUAGCAAGUGUAAAUGUUUGCAGAAUACCUUUUUUUAAACAGUGUUGCAAUAAUAGCUGCCUUAAAAAUAUAUGCAAAGUUUCUUUCCUGUGUAAUAGUAAUCAUUUAUGGGUGAGAGAUCUGGAACAUGAGUUUGCAUGCGGUUUUAUGGAAGAAUAUUUGAUUCUUCAAUCAGCAUUUAUUCAGAAAUUAAAGGAAACAAACACAUGAGUAUUGUAAAUCACAAAGACAAUCAUUAGGGCGAGGAAAACUGCUUAAUUAAGCUGUAAAUGCUUCACUGUUUGAGCUGCAGGUACUGGACUAAGUCAUUUAUAAUGCUGCCAUCUAGUGGACAAAUACUGUUCUCUAAUUUCUGUGUCAAAGCAUCUUAAAGAUUUAUUUUUUUGUUUUAUUAUAACCAAAGAUGUUUUUGUGGUGUUGCCUGGAGCAAAAAUAUACUAGAGGCCUCUUCCCACUGGAGGGAAAAUCAUUUAUAGUUCAGAGUUUUAUUUGAAGGGGUUUUAACCCUCCUUUAUUUUAAUAUCAAACACUGGGUUAAAUGUAUGGAAGCCAAAAGAGGCCAAAAGGAGUUUAAAAUUGCAAGCAUCUGAAUUUGUCAAACAGUUAAUUCUGAUCAUGCCGUUAUGAUGUCAUCAAAUAGUUGGAAGGCAGGGAGCAUGGGAAACAUCAAAGAGGGGCAUUAUGGGAAAUGUAGGAAUUACCAUAUUUUGAGAUCUGCCUGUUUUUGGAAGCAAAAAAAAGCUACAAAUGAAAUGUUAUCAAUCUUUUUCAAGUAAGGCAAUUUUAUGGAAGUGAUUUAAAAUAAAUCAGUCAAUUUGAUGCCAUAAUGAUGUCAUAAGGGUUCUUUUUUUUCUUUAAAGUGGAUAUUUAUGGUGCUCAGAGAACUCCAGAUGGGUUGGCAAGUAGUGAUUUCUGCACAGAGAAAGACUACCAAAAGGCCAUGUUUUGUGCUGUUUAAGACUAUGCCAAACAUUGAAAGUGCAAAAAUUAAAAACAUUCCCAAUUCUUAAGCUACUUUUAUGUCUUGAAAGUAGUGAUAUUCAGCAAAAAAAUGUUUUAAAUAAGUUGUGGAGAAAUGGCAGCAGGCAGGAAUCUAAAUCGCCUCUGUCUAGAGCGUGGACGAGUUUUGCAGGUUAGAGGACCGUUUAGAGCUCUAAUAAUACCAACUUUCCGCCAUUUCCAUUCAUUCUUAACAGCUUUCCCCCACUUCCUUACUUCCCAGAUGUAAAGGACAGGCAGGGAAAGCAUGAUAGUUGCACCAUGGGAAAUGUAGGAAUCAUCAUACUUGCAGCUUCACCUGUGGAAGCUUCUAAUGGAAAAAAAAAAAAAAAAAUGGUUGUAAAAAAGAUUUUUAACAGUUUUAAUUGCUCAUCUCUUUCUCCAAAUACCACAAUACAUUUUUUAGAACUGUAAUAUUAAGUCAUUAAAAUAAGCUUAAAUAAUUUAUGUAGAAAUAAAAAGUACUCUACCGGGUUCACUGGAAAAACUAACUAUAAAGAUAAAGACCACAAUUAAUCUGUCUUGAAGUCUUUCUAUCCCUUUUGGACGAAUAAAGUAGUAAAAUUUAAUUGGAGUCAAAUCAUUGGCAAAUAUGUUUUAAAAAUUGGUUGAAACUCCAACGUGCAAAUAUUAACCUAAAGGCUUUCAAGCCUUUACAAAAGCUGAAAUAGAAAACUAAAUUAAAAAAGAGUCAAGCAAAAAAUUACAUUGGCAUAUUCAGAUGCCAAACCAAAACAAUUUUGGCCUCUUUUUGCCUCCAUACACAUUUUAAAAUGAUGCGACAGUCUGCAUGGAAACAGUUAUUCAUCUUAAAGCCAUGUUGUUGUUUGUGUAUUUGAUAAACAACCUUAUUUGUUAAACACAUCUUACCAGACUAGACGUAUCAUUUAGUUUAUUUUUAUUUUUGGGCACUUUAACCUUGAAUUCAGGGAAAACGGGUUUUUGAUUUUUCAUUUGUUUUUCUUCUGUUUCAUCUUUACUUAAUCGCCAUCACUCUGUACGUUAUCUUAACAUUUAAUGAUCUUAUUUUCAAGAUUUUGCUUCACUCAUGAUUUCAUGUAUUCAUUUCUUUUUUUUAAAUGAAAGUACAGUGUGACAGAAGUUAGUUUUUUUAAGCUCAUUUUAUUUUUUUUGUUCUCAGAGAGCUUCCGUAUAAUUUUGCUCAGAGUUAGUUUUAGACUGUGAAACGUUUGUUUGAAUCUCGCAUGUGUUCCUGUUUGUGUCUUUGUAAACAUUUGUGCUUUCUGUACACACUACUGGGCUGUUCGACAUUAAAGCAUGACUGUUUUUGUCGCUAACGUCGGAGUCGGACGACUUUUGAAAUAUUUGGAGCAAAAUUGGACAAGAUGCAUUAAACAAGUUAUAUAUUUUGAA